GGAGUUCGCUCUAAGAGUCCUAAGAGAUUUGACCUCGUCCCAACCUGAGAGUUUGACUGAGACCGCGUGUCUUUUGACGGUUCAUAAUUAAGAGGCAACUCGAUAAGAAUAGCUCAUCGAAAAUUCCCUGGACCGCCUAUGUGAUUGGAUUUCGCGAAAUUGAGUGAUCUCUGACGUACGAAUCGUUAAGAGCAAGCGCGACAUAGAGAUCGGGGAUUUGCUCUCAGCAAAAAAAAAAAAAAAAAACUCUGGUUCAUCCAUGGUUCACACUCUACAGAAAAAUAACAGGGCCGAAGAUUGUAGUUUAAUGGCCAUUCCUAGGCGGAGUGAGCCAGAUAAUCUUGUAGAACUAUGCUUGACGGUUAUUGUACGAAACGGGCAUGGCUUGAUGCCCAAGAAUUUACAAGAGAUCCCAAGGCAUCUGUUGAUGCAGGUUUUGCAGAGUUUAAGUCCAUUCGAGUUAGAAAGGUUGGAAGAAGCGAACGUUGGAGAAACGACGGGUAUUGACACUGGGAGUUUGUGGCAACUUCAUUACAGUCAACAAUGGAGACACAAAGGUCGGUGGCCAGAGUCUUACUACCAAGCUGCAAAAACCAAUGCAAGACUUCCAGAGGAUAUUCCCUGGAGAAACCUUUACUGGCAACGGCACUUCCAAGAAGUUGUCAACAGCACUGAGGCCAAGACAGCUGUUGUGCACUGGCAUCCCGAGAGUAGAUCGCCUCCUACUGACUCCAAAGAUGGCUACCACGCGAAGGCAAGCGAGCUCUUCUUGCAGCAGUCUGCAGGGAAGUUUGGCAAGUAUGCCACGUACCUGCGACUUCAUAAUGCUGCCUGUAUCUACUUAGCAUCUCAUCUAGAUAUCUUUCACGAAUUUGCAAGCCAUGUUGAAUUCUUGGAGAUAUAUCAUCUAAGAGAAAAUGGUGUCGAAGCAAUGUGUUCUUUGCUGCAAAUUCUCCUAGCUAAAAACCUAAAAUCAGUGGGGAUAUGUUUUGCCAAAGCUAGAGACAUUACUCUUUGGAACAGGAUUCUUCAUAUAAGUUCAACGAGCUUUGUAACGACUAGACCAAGGGUAUCCCCAGGAAGAGCUGAGGGACGAAACGAUAAGUCAAUAAAACAUGUAACGAACCCUACGCCUCCACCUACCCCAAGCCCUACGCCGACCACUCCAUUACAAGUGCUUGUUGUUCAAGGACAAAAUGACAUUCAUGUCGAUGUUGUGGACGGCUCAAGUAAGCAGAACUUGAUAAAUAGCCAUCCAACUGCUAAGAAUAACAUGCGUGCUGACGACUCUAAUAGUCAAAUUGUGACGAAGGCUCUGACUGAUGCAGCGUUGAAUCAUGUCGCCAGUAUGAGCCCGAUAAGAGACUUUAAAGACUAUGAUGGAAUAGACAUUUAUGAUUUUUCUCACAAGGAAGUAACGGAUAUCCACGACAUUGAUCAUGUGCGAAAUGGCAACAGUACCAUAAGUAGCCAUUUUGACACACAUGAGCUGUACUCUGAAGUUUUCCACAAAAAUAUAAUAGACAUUGGCGACAAUGCCAGCUUCUCAUUUGACGAGUUGUUUGGGCCUCAUCUUGACACAGAGGACCGCAGUGAUCCGGUCAUUUCCACACCUCCAAAAGAGAAAUUCAACCAUCAAGAAACUCCAAUACUAACGAUGGCACCUGAAACCCCAGAAGCUGUAGGCGGCUUUUCAUUUCUACAGCAUUUUGAACUUUCUUCCUUUUGGUUCCACGAUGAUCUCUUAACUCUGUUUGCUCAGUCACUGCGACAAUGGCACAAUUUGGAAUCACUCGUGUUAAGGGACAAUGCAAUAGGCUUCCAGUCCAAGGGAAAGAUCCUUAUUGAUGCCCUUAUACCACUUUGUCUAAAAGGAAAGCUCAAAUGUUUGCGCAUCGAGAUAAACCCAGUGGAUGAUGACUUUGUCUCACUGAUCAGUGAAGCGGUAGGGACUUUCUGCACAAGCUGUAGGUCAGGCUUAAAGAUGUCGCUCCGAGUGCUUUACAUCUCUUCCAGUAAAAUCACUGCCAUGGGUGUCAAUCACUUAGCUGGGAAGCUGCGUAAUCAGUGCACUUGUAAGACGACUGGGAAUGCACCUCAAAGACGAACCAGUGGACCUAACCGAAGCAGAAAGAGACGACUUGCAGUACCAUCUACUCCCACAAAGAGACACGGAUCAGGAAGAUUCAAAGAUCUCCCUCCACGCAAGAUACGGCGAGACAAUUCCUCUCACGAUAGCUUCAGUAGCAGCAGUAGCUGUUGUUUCUCCUCAAGCUCGUUUGAUUCGGACUCUCAGGAGAGUUUUUCUACCGAUGAGUUGCCCGUUGAAACACGUGUAUCUGAGCCUAUUGAAUCUCGUUUUGAGGGUCUACAUGAGCUUACAUUAUGCAGUGUCAUUGGUGACGAGGGGGCUAUAAUGCUUGCAAGUGUCCUGGCGAAUAAUGGUACCCUCAAGUACCUGGCUCUUCCCAGCUGUGGGAUACACACAACAGGACUAGCAGCUAUCUUUAGAGCCAUAUCAGGUGAAUCCAGUAGAAGAACCAACAAAAUGCUGAAAAGCCUUAUCCUGAAGGAGAAUACUUACGAACCGUCAUCUGACAAUAGUUUAGCUGUUCUGCUGGAACACGGGAAACUCACCGAGCUUGAUAUUAGUUUCUGUGGACUCGAAGUUGUCAGCGGAGAUAUCAUCAGCGCAUUGUGUAUGAACACAAUACUGAAGUCUUUGAACAUCGCUGGUAACAGAUUAGGUGAUGCAGGGAUUACAGCGCUCUCACAGAUGUUUAGUCAGCAGGGGUGCGUCUCGGCUCUCAGUAAGCUAGACCUCAGCUAUAACCAAGGAACGGCCUCUUCCAUCGCGACCUUCGCAUCAGCUCUGCACAAGUUCCUUCCAAACCGCCUGGAAGAAAUCAACCUUGCAGGGAAUUUCCUUGGUUCCAGUGUCAGCAAAGUGGUGUCCAGUCUUCGCCCACUCGUCAAGACCGUUUUCGCUGGUAACCUGGACAGCUCGACCAUAUUUGCAGACUACAUUAGCCAGAUGUGAGGUUUAUUUCAGUGUUCUCAUAGACACAUCCAUUCAGUUUACAUGAUACAAACCCGUAACCAGUAACUAAUAAGAGGAGGAAAUACUUGCAGAAAGUCAUGGAAAAAAUCAUCACCUCUUUUGUUCAAUUUCUUAACUUAGCUGAAUUAUUAUUAUUAUUUUUUGUGAGCCUAGCGUAAUACCAAACGACUCUGUGCUCAAUCCCAUUUUCACGGCUGCUUAUAUUCACAAAUCGCGUUUACCGGACUCUCCCGUUGAUCCAAAUUCCGUUUCCCCAAGGCAUUACCAGGUUUCCGUUUUACUCCACGGUGAUCCGUCGCCUAUUGACACGUAGGUCAUGUCGCCUAUUGACAUGUAGGUCAUGUCGCUUAUGACAUGUAGGUCAUGUCGCCUAUUGACAUGUAGGUCAUGUCGCCUAUUGACAUGUAGGUCAUGUCGCUUAUGACAUGUAGGUCAUGUCGCCUAUUGACAUGUAGGUCAUGUCGCCUAUUGACAUGUAGGUCAUAAGAAGGCCACGCCCUCCCGGUGUCUUUUGGAUUCCACGUUUAUUAGUAUUUAUUCUUCUUCUCUAAAUUACUUACACUUUGAGAACUACAGGAUGACUUGCGUUUCAUCCCCCCUGCACACACAGAUAGAAGUGCAUGCCUUUCUUUCUAGCAUAACAUUAGAAACCACUUAUAGCUUUUUAACUAAUAAUAGUUGAUAAGGUUGACCACUGUCUGUAAUAAUAGUGAAUAUUACUUAUUGAUUUAAAAAAAAAAAAUAAAAAAAUGAAUAAAAAUAUUUUUUAUGAAA